GUUGUUCAAUGGGGUGGGCAGUCAUCAUUCUUGAUUGUGACAUAAAAUUUGUCCAUAAAUAAGCAAUUAUAUGAAGGUGAGUGGACAAAAAGGAGUUGCCCACAAAAAAAUUAUAAGCAAAAGUCCCUACAGACAGGAGAAAUCAAGAAAAAAAAGAGGGAAAAUGCCUUGUCUUGAUAUUUCAACCAACGUUAACCUCGAUGGAAUCAACACAGAUUCAAUCUUUUCCGAACUCACAAAGGCUGUUUCUCAAAUCAUCGGAAAACCUGAAAAAUUUGUGAUGAUUCUGUUAAAAGGUUCUGUAACCUUAACAUUUGGAGGGAAUAAGGAACCAGCAGCAUUGGCAGAAAUUGUAUCAAUGGGUGGCAUCAACACUGAAGUAAAAAGGAAGCUGAUUGCUACACUUGGUUCAAUUUUAGAGAACAAAUUGUAUAUUCCGAGAACAAGAUUUGUCCUAAAGGUGUUUGAUACAACAAUGGGGAGACAAAACUCCAAACUUUAAACUAUGAAUUUAUGAAUGAAUUUUCGUGCUUUGAAAUAAAAUUUCGAUGUUUUGAUA